UCUCAUUGCCCUCUUUUUCUCGCUUGGGCUCAACACCUUGAACAAAAUAACGAAACCUCUCUCUCUCUCCCAUACACGGAGAUCGGAAUCGGCGGGUUUGUUUCUCCGGAGAUUGUUCUUGGAGUACUGUGAUCUGAUUCAGAAGUUGAAGAGAACGGUGCAAUCUAGCUGCUCUCUGUUUCUCUGUUCUUUAGAUCCGUUGGUGUAUUUAUUGGGUUUCUGGUGAUGGGAUUGGGUUGAAGGUUUGAAGGAUUCGGACCAGAACGAUAACGCAGUGUUGCGAGUUGUUCGAAUCAUUUCCUUUUUUUUUAUAAUCGUUUUCUGGUUCAAGGGUUUUUGAGAUAUCCCGUGACGGUCGCCGGAGAUUAAGAAAUGCCUCACCGAACGACUUACUUCUUCCCUCGGCAGUUUCUGGAUCGUGGGUUCGAUCCCUUGUCGCAUAAGCAUCUGUUGGGUACUGAGGAGGAGAAGCAAGCUGGCGGAAGCGACAGCAAGGUCAGCUUCAAUGGCGUUAAUGGAGGCGGAGACGACGAUCUCAAGCAGAAGGAGAAGGAGAAGGAGAAGGACUUAUCGUCUUCUAUUCUCUCGAAGAGCUCCGCCGUGUCGGAUCUCUUGAGAGAGGAUCUGAAGGCGCAAAAGAAGCAGCAGGAGCAACUCGCUGCCUUUUACGAGUGGUUGGCGGAGAAGAAGGCCCAGAUUUCCGGGCGCGUCAGGCCCACGCGCCACCACUCUACGUCCAGGGACGUAGUCGACGAGGAGAGGGAGCUUCUCUUGGCGUCUCCAUCGGAGUGCGCGGAGACGGUUACUGCCGCGACGGUGGUUCCUCCUCCGUCGACUGACUCCGUCGUAACCGCAGCCGUGGUGGCGGCGUCGUCUUCUUCAGCUCGAACGAUCGCCAUCAACGAGAGGAAUCUCGACCAGAGCUUUGACCGGCAGUUGUCGCUGCCGCGGCUGUCGAGUGAGAGCAGCUUCGCCGGAAGUUUCUUCUCCGGGACUACAGUGGAUGGCAAUUUCUCGGGUCAGACGGACGCGAAGGGGACUUCAACCACCACGCACGUCUCCGUCAGGAAGGUGGAAGAGGAAGAGGAGGUGGCGAGCGAUGGCAAAGAGAGAAGCCGGGCAAAGAAGUCGAGAGAAAGCUAUUACUUGCAGGCCACGCUUGCUAAGAGGCUUACUUCUCAAGCAAGUCUUGGAUGUGAGACCAUUCUUGUACACAGCACCAUUGGCGAUGCCUUCGUCGACGCUGAAACUGUCUCCUACCGUCUCUGGGUCAGUGGUUGUUUAUCAUACAAUGACAAGAUUUCAGAUGGGUUUUACAACAUUUUGGGGAUGAAUCCGUAUCUUUGGCUGAUGUGUAACAAUCUGGAGGAAGGGACACGGCUUCCAUCUCUUAUGCUACUGAAGGAGAUCGAACCCAGCGAUACAUCCAUGGAAGUGGUUUCGAUCGACAGACGAGAGGAUUCACGCCUUAAAGAGUUGGAGGACAAGGCCCAUGAAUUGUAUUGUGCUUCAGAGAAUACAUUGGUGCUCGUGGAGGAACUCGGCAAACUUGUUGCUGUAUACAUGGGGGGAAGCUUCCAGGUAGAGAAAGGUGAUCUCCAAAAAAGAUGGAAACUAGUUAGCAAGAGACUCAAGGAAUUUCGCAAGUGUAUUGUUCUUCCUAUUGGUAGUUUAUCUAUGGGUCUUUGCCGGCACCGAGCCAUACUGUUUAAGAAAUUGGCGGAUUACAUAGGUUUACCAUGCCGAAUAGCACGAGGUUGCAGGUAUUGUGAAGAGGACCAUCGAUCUUCUUGCCUUGUCAAGAUUGAGGAUGACAGGAAGCUUUUAAGGGAAUAUGUAGUUGAUCUAGUUGGGGAACCAGGAAAUGUCCAUGACCCAGAUUCCUCCAUCAAUGGUGGACUACAGUGUCAGAUGCCUUCACCACUUCGGAUUAGUCAUCUUAAAGAAUUCUCUGAACCUUGCGUGGGUAAUACUUCCCCUUAUCAGACUGUAGGGUCGAAGACAUCAUGUCCUCUUUCUGAAAACCUUCAGUGCUCAGGUAUUGGAGGGAACUUCCAAGCCCGCAAAGAAUUUGAGUUGUUUGAUGUUACAAGGACGAUAUCCAGUGCUCAAGUUGAUCAAAUUUUCUAUGCGAGAGCAUCACCGGUGGUUUCAACUGAAUCUGCCAUUCGAGCUUUGUCACCUGAAAUAACAAAAGUUAGCAAGGACGUGAUUGCUCAAGAAGCCUGCAAAGAAGAGACCCUGCAAUUAGAAAGCCCAAUUGAGAACAGUGUUACCAGGCAGCCAAAGGGGAAUUCAUCGGUUGAACCAGAGGCAGCCGGAGCUGAGACCCAGCAAGAUAACAAGGGAAGGCUUCCUGCUGAGAACAUGUCACCAUACUUGAAUAUCGAGCCUUGUUUAGCAUCGGACUGGCUGGAGAUCUCUUGGAAUGAACUACAUAUCAAGGAGCGUGUUGGUGCUGGAUCUUUUGGAACUGUUCAUCGUGCUGAAUGGCAUGGCUCGGAUGUUGCUGUCAAGGUCUUGUCUGUUCAAGAUUUCCAUGAUGACCAAUUCAGAGAGUUUCUGAGAGAGGUUGCGAUAAUGAAACGUGUCCGACAUCCAAAUGUUGUUCUCUUUAUGGGUGCUGUAACUGAGCAACCCCGCCUAUCGAUAGUUACAGAAUAUUUGCCGAGGGGUAGUUUGUUCCGCCUCAUUCACAGGCCGGCUUCUGGGGAAUUGCUAGACCAAAGGAGGCGGCUACGGAUGGCAUUGGAUGUGGCGAAGGGGAUCAAUUACCUGCAUUGUCUUAACCCGCCCGUUGUCCAUUGGGACCUGAAAUCUCCGAAUUUGUUGGUUGAUAGGAACUGGACAGUGAAGGUUUGUGAUUUUGGGCUGUCCAGAUUCAAGGCAAACACUUUCAUACCAUCUAAAUCUGUUGCAGGAACGCCCGAGUGGAUGGCCCCAGAAUUUCUUCGUGGGGAGCCCUCGAACGAGAAAUCCGAUGUUUACAGUUUCGGAGUGAUCCUCUGGGAAUUGGUGACUUUGCAACAGCCCUGGAAUGGACUCGGCCCCGCACAGGUCGUGGGUGCGGUUGCCUUCCAGAACAGAAGGCUUACCAUUCCGCAGAACACCUCCCCGGUUUUGGCGUCUCUAAUGGAAGCUUGCUGGGCCGACGACCCUUCACAACGUCCGUCUUUCGGGAGCAUAGUGGAGACUCUCAAGAAGCUGUUGAAAUCUCCAGUGCAGCUGAUCCAAAUGGGUGGAUAGCCGUUACAAUGCCAAAAUCAAGCAGACGACUAUACAUCUAUAUGGUUAACUUACAUAUGAUAUUCGCUAACAGAGAAACCCCACUCGUCGAGGUCCUUUGGAAAAGAAUAAACUUGUAGAUGGUAACGGUUAAGAGCUAACCCCCCGGUUAAUGAAGAAAACCGAUGAAAGCAAAGGCCUUGAAAACCGGAUUAUUUCCCAGUCUGGAAGGAGGAAAUAUGAAUGAAACUUUUAUUUUUAAAAAAAGAAAUAUGAAUGAAGCUUAUUACAAGGAACAUAUAUUGAUAUAUAUAUAUAUAUAUAUAUAUAUAUGCAAGUGCAAAGAGUGUUGUUGCUCUUGUUUUGUUGUUAUGGAUUGGGACUGAGAGACAAUCCAAGGGAGUUGGGUCUGAAAUUAUUCUUAGAGGGAUUUUAUUAUUUUUUUCCUUUUUUUAUUUAAAUUUUCUGGUUUUGAAUGGAAUAAAAGCGAACUCACCUCAUCCAAGUGUC